AAAUACCAACGGUGAUGGGCAAAUCUCAAGGAUUUUCGCUAUAUCAAAAAGCAGAAAAGAAAGCUAAUCAAUCAGGUGGCUUAUUCAGUUGGGGUCCCAGUGCUACCAGAGAGCGUAAACAGGAUGCAGCAGAUAUGUUCAGGGAUGCAGCCAAUAAGUUCAAGAUUGACCAGUGCUUUAAAGAAGCUGGUGACUCUUUCAUCAGAGCAGCUGAAUGUGCUAUAAAAGCCGAUGAGAAAAACGAAGCUAAUCAGCACUUUUGGGAGGCUGCAAAGGCAUACAAGCAAACAAACCCUGAUCUCGCUGUAGAAGCUUACCAGAGAGCUGUCAACGGUUUACUCGAAUCUGGUAGAUUUAGACAAGCAGCUGACAGGAUGAAGGAAAUUGCAUCUAUAUACCUCAACGAACUCGCAGAUUUAACCCUGGCUUUAGAAUCAUACGAGAAAGCUGCACAAUGGUACGAACAGGAGGAUGCAAAAGCUACAGCGAGCGCAUGCUACAAAGACGUUGCAGACAUUGCAGCACAAUUAGAACAAUACAAGAGGGCUAUUAGUAAUUAUGAUAAAGUUAUAAAACAAUCACUCGAAUCACCGCUUACGAGGUUCAGUGUGAAAGAAUACUUCUUUAAGGCUGGCCUUUGUUGGUUAGCUGCAGGUGAUCUGGUCGACGCGGGUAGAGCUAUAGCCACAUUCGCAGAAAUGGACCCUUCGUUCAUGCAGACUAGAGAGCAUAAAUUCUUAUCAGGCGCCAUUGACGCAAUCGAACAGGGCGAUCAAGAACAAUACACAGGACUAGUCGUUGACUAUGACAAAAUGACGAAAUUAGAUAACUGGAAGACGACGAUCAUGCUUAAGAUAAAGAGAUCGAUCGACGAAGAACCUGGAUUAACUUGAACAUUUCUUGUAACUGAACUACCAACAUCUUUUAUGAAUGAUAAUAAAUUU